AUGUUUUCAUUAUCAAUAUAUGUGCUAUCUGCGCUACUUACAUUCUUCUUCCCGCUUAUUAUAACGGUGAAAGUACUGGCACAAAUCAAAGGAUCCUCACAAUUACCAGUAUUUAUAGCACAACUACAAUUCUUAGCAAACUAUUGGCUAGCCUAUGUGCUAGUCUCUUAUAUUCAGAGUAUUUUAACCACCAGUUUUGGUGUACUAAUCCUUGGUCAAGAUUAUUUGAUCUCAGGUGCAUUCCUUGUGAUAAAAGUUUGGCUUUUUUACUACCAUGGAUGCUUGUUAGUGAAUAGAUUUUAUUUCCAAGCAUUUUCAAGAUGUAUUCUUCCACUUUUCGGCAGGAAUGCAGUUGCCAACAAAUCUUCACCUCCUAUACAACAACUUGAAAUCAGUCUUGAUCCAAUUCUUAGAAUGGGGCUUUCAUCUUUGGUAUCACUUUCGCACAUUCUUGGCAUACAUAAUUUUUCAAUUUCUGUUAAUAUGAGAUAUUUCCAAGAAUUCCUUCUUUCAAAUCCACAAUUGUCGUUCUUACAGGCAUUUUCCAAUUAUGUUUGUUAUAUCGAUACUUCAGAAGAGUUGAUUUCUCGUUUUAAUAGUGUGAGAACGUUUUUUAAUGGUCUUUAUCUGUUAUUUCAUGAUAAUCAUCUAGCAUUUAAAAAGAAUUCAUCCCCUCAUCGUUCUGUGAGAUCUUAUUCCAAUUCUCCCAAGAGCAGAUCUGUCUCUUCCAAGUAUAAUGAUAGUAUAGACCAGGUUCUUAAACCAAGUCAUAGAAGACGUUAUACCAAUGGGACCCCUCCAGGAGCCAGAUCGAGAUCCCCCAAUAUAUCUUCGAACUACGCAUCCCCUACCAAUAGUGUCACCCUGGGACGUUCCAUUCUGGAAAGGUACCCUCGUCCACAAAGCCCAGAGCCUUCAUCUCAGAGAUCAAUUAGUCUUGAUCUGCUUAGGAGAAUAAGACCAGAUAUUUAUAAAGAUUAUGAAUUUGGGUUGGACUCAUCAAGUGAAGAGGAUUCCAUUGGUUAUGUAAACAAAAGAUUACAAGAACCCCCAAGAGAAGAAAUACAACCUAUACUUCCCACUGGAGGGGGAUUACUGGGUCCACCAUCGAUUAAGUCUCGACUGAGACUGUCUUCUAAUGCUACAAAUUUACCAUAUCCUAUCAACGAAUCCGAUGCCGUACCAAUUAUGCUGGUUCCAAUUGCUGGAUCAAAUUCCAAGAGUUACCGGAGAUGA